AUGCCAGGGAAGCACAGGUAUGAAACUCAGGAUGAACUGUCCUGCUCCCACAGCCAGGCUGGGAAGGGAGGCAACCUCCCUGAGCCACCCCCUGAGCCCCUGCUCUGCAAGGACAGGAUAAGCUGCAGGAGGAAAAGCUGGAUUCAGGACUUUGACAUCGCCGGGCAGUUCGACCCCAUGAUUCCCGACGCCGAGUGCCUGAAGAUCCUGCACGAGAUCCUGAGUGACCUGCAGCUGGGGGACUUCCUCAUUAAGGUCAACGACCGGCGGAUCCUGAAGGGUGUGUUUGCUGCUUGUGGCAUCCCCGAGAGCAAGUUCAUCACCACCUGCUCCACUGUGGACAAGCUGGACAAGAUGCCGUGGGAAGAGGUGAGGAGCGAGAUGGUGGGAGAGAAGGGGCUCUCUCCUGAGGCUGCAGAUCGCAUCGGGGAGUACGUGCAGCUGCAGGGCGGCCUGGAGCUGGUGGAGCGGCUCCUGCAGGACCCCAGGCUGUCCCAGAACAAGCUGGCCAAGGAGGGGCUGGGGGACAUGAAGCUGCUGUUCGAGUACCUGGCGCUGUUUGGCAUCACGGGGAAGAUCUCCUUCGACCUGAGCCUGGCGCGGGGCCUGGACUAUUACACGGGGGUGAUCUUUGAGGCUGUGCUGCUGCAGCAGGAGAACCACCCCGUGGAGGAGCCCGUCCGCGUGGGCAGCGUGGCCGGGGGGCGCCGCCAGGCUCCACACUGCAGUUGUGGGUCCCCUGAGGGGCGGUCACUCCCACGAGUGUGUCCAUCCCCACAGGCUUCUGGGCAGAAAGUUCGGACGACUGAGACAGAGGUGCUGGUGGCUACACCUCAGAAACACUUACUGGCUGCAAGACUGAAGCUCAUCUCUGAGCUGUGGGAUGCAGGGAUCAAGGCAGAGAUGCUGUACAAGAAGGACCCGAAGCUGCUGAAGCAGCUGCAAUAUUGUGAGGACACGGGGAUCCCUCUCGCUGCCAUUGUCGGGGAGCAAGAGCUGAUGGACGGGGUGGUCAAGCUGCGAGAUGUGGCAACGAGAGAGGAGGUUGACAUCCCAAGAGAAAAGCUGAUUGAUGAGAUCAGAAGGCGUCUGGAGCCCUAG